AUGGUCGUCGGCGACGGGGUUGCGAAAGACGACGAGCCAUCAGAUGAAGACGAAGGCGAAGACAACAACGACGACAGCAAUGAUAGGGGAUGGGGGCAGGGGCCCCGUGAUGCGGGAGGCGAUGGGCGGGGGGGCGGAGGGGGCGUGGCUAGGGGAGGCGGCGGCCGAAGGCGGCGGCGACAGAAACGCAACUCGAACAGUAGCAUGCGGGAGUUUUGCCAGGCCCUGCGGUCGAAGGCGGAUAGGCAGAGAAAGCACAACAAAUUCCUUAACCUUCCCGGAGGCGGACGGGUCCCCUACGACCAAGAUGCCCCCGACCUUACCCUUGACCUCGCCAACAUCGAGGGCAGACUGACCGAGAAGGAGAAGGAACACGCAGCGUGCCCCUUCUACCGCUCCAUGUCCGCGCCGAAGGUGGCCCGCGCCGCGCACGAGUUUGCCCGGCCGAGGGUGGGCCUUGCCGGCGGCCACGACGGCACCCACGCCAUCGAGGACCUCCGGGCCUUCUGCGGAAACCCGCUGCAGGCGUUGUCCAGCGAAACGAAGGUCAAGGUCAAGGCCGAGGGGCGAGCACGGCAGCACGGUGGAUGCGGUAGCGGGCACGGCAGGGGAGUCGCCGGAGGCUGCCGCAGCGGAGGCCACGGCGGCGGCGGAGGUGGCGGCGGGUGCGGCGGCGGAUGCGGCAGAAAUGGCGGUGAAUCAUGGAGGGCUACGAAUCAUUGUGGUGUUGCUGUCGGUGGCGGUGUCGGUGGUGUUGUUGGUGGUGUUGGGGCUGGCGCAGCAGCUUCUCAAGCGUAUGUUGAUCUGUCGUACGAUACUUCGGAUGAUGAUGGCGUGGGGGCUAGAGCGGCGGGAUCUGUCGUGGCAGCGGUGGGUUCGGCGGGAAGAGGCACGGGAGUGGACGUGGCCUCACCGGUGGAUUCCACAGCAGCAGUAGCAGCGACAGCAGCAGGAGGAGGACAAGGAGGACAAGGCGUGUCGGAGACGAAGGAGGACCAGGCGGAUCCCCAUUUGCUCGCGUGCCCGUACUACUUGUCCAUGGCACUGGCCAAGCAGGCUCAAAUCGUCCUGAUGCCCUACAACUACAUCCUGGACCCUUCCAUUCGCUCGGCGAUGUCGCUCGCGCUGGAGGGGGCCGUGGUGAUCCUGGACGAGGCGCACAACGUGGAGGGCGUGUGCAGGGACGCGGGAUCGCUUGAGGUGUCACUGCUGGACAUGGUGGCCAUGGCCUCGGACUUGUGCGAUUGCUCCCAGCUGACGGCGUGCAGUCUCGGUGCAAACCUGCUGCUCGAGUUCGUGAUGAAGCUCCUCUACUUCACCUCGAGGGAGUCACUCACCCUGGAGGCCUUCGAGAACGAGACGAAUUUCGAAGAACCGCCCUCGGGGGCGAGGAAGAAGCAGCAGGAGGUCAUCGAGGAGCCAGAGCCCGCAGGCGGGGCGGGCGGGGAGGGGAAGGGAGACGAGAUGAUACGGGUGACGAUGAAGAUGACUCCGGCGCUGAACAACCUGGAGAGGGUCCUCUUCGUGACCGGGCUCGCGCUGAACCAUCCCCACGACUACAGCGUCAACGUCAUGUCCUGGGACAAUGUCGAGAAGCACAAGCUCCCGGCGCACACCAGGACGUCAACGCGGCACGCCUCCUGCCCGCUGGGGAACUCUCCGUUCUCCCGGUCUAGCUAUGUUCCCGCCAAGAUGUGCCGGCUCAAUAUCUGGCUCAUGUCCCCCAGCGUGGUGUUUGACGAGGUGCCGGCACAGACCCACUCCGUCAUCCUCACGAGCGGCACGCUCAGUCCUCUCCACUCUCUAAGGGCUGAGCUUGGCAGGUCUUUCGGCGAAAGGCUUCUGCCCUUCCCUCAACAGGCGCUGGAGGCGAACCACGUCAUCAACCCUGGCCGACAGCUGCGGGUCAUCCCGGUGGGCCAUUCCCCUGACAACAAAACUUUGACGUGCAAGAAAGUCAACACGGACGACGACGAGUUCGUGGAGGAGAUCGGACGCACGGUGGUGGCCUUGGCGAAGCACAUCCCCGCGGGAGUGUUGGUGUUCCUGUCGUCCUACAAGCUGCUUCAACGGGCUGUAGCGAUCUGGCGCAAGUGCGAGGUCUGGGCGGAUUUGGAGAGGAGCAAGGGGGUCAUCGUCGAGGAGCCCGAGGCGGCCGCCGACUUCAAGGCCGCCAAGCGGCGCUACGAGGAAGCAGUCGACGGGGGCCCCGGAGGGAGGGGGAGGGGGAGCGGGGGCGCCGGCGGAAGCGCCGUCCUCCUCGCCGUGUACCGCGGGAAAAUGAGUGAGACACACACACACACACACACACCACGACACCAGAGGACAGACGCCACAGUGACGGAGUGUACACCUGCUGUUGCAGACCUUAUGAGCUCUAAGCAGAGGCGCACCAUGCCUUGUGCGGAAGGUGAACUGUGCCUUCAACAGGACAGAAUGCCGCAAGACCCUCAUGGCCACGUCUGCCAGGGAGGAUGUGGAGGGCGGCUCCACGGCAAUUACGGCAGCGUGUUUGGCGACAUCGAGACGCACCGUAUAUGCAGCACGUGCGUUACCAGGAUUGGCAAGCGCAAAGCGGCAGCAGCUGACGGUGCUGGGGUGGGAUCAUCUAAACGCCAAAAGGACAAGAGCGGUGGGAGCAAGAAGGGGGGUGUUCGUGCGCGCCCGGACAACAACACGAAGCUUGAGAUUCUCAAGCUGCUGGAUGCGAAGGUCUCUCAAGUACAGAUUGCAGACCGCUUCGGGUGCUCGGAGCGGACUGUGAAGGCUGACCGGAAGAAGGUGGAGGCUGCGACUGUUGCAGGCGGCGGCACCCAGAAAACCGCGCGCAAGGGAGACUUUCCGGAGGUGGAUGCGAUAGCUCUUAAUCUGCUCGCCAAAGCCUGGAAGGCCAAGAUGCCCGUCACACGCGAUGUCCUUCUAAGCUUCGGAAGACGGCGGCCGUCUUCCGAUCCUCCGAGGUGGAAAGACGAGGAGAUCAGCGAGUUCUUCGCAGAACUCGACAUCGAACCCGCAAAGCCGGUCGAGGGAGAAGCGGUGAGCGUCAUUCGGGGGUGGGCUACCAUCGAGGACGACGAUGAGGUGGCAGAGGCUCUUCGACUGGACGCAGUGGACGAAAUGGCGGCACUGCUGGCUGGAACGCACGUGACAACAGGCGGCGAGGAGGAGGACGAAGAGGAGGGCAGUGGCGAUGACAACACGGGGCCCGAGCGCCGUGCUCCACCUGCUUAUGCUGAGCUGUCGCCUCACUUCAGCGUCCUAGAAGCGGCAGCAGAUGAGAGUGGCAACGGAGACGCGGCGUUCUUCCUAACGAAAGCGAAGAUGGCAAUGACUGCAGCGCAUUCCGCUAAGCGGGUGCGCCAGGCAGACAUGAGAGGGGUGCAGCUGUUCUUCAACGACCACUACGCGCGGGGGGUACUGUGCGUAGGCAUCCCCUACCCCAACCUGGGGGACCCCAAGAUCGUGGCGAAGAAAUGCUACAACGAUUGGAAGAGUCUCGGGAGGAAGCCGGAGGCCAAGGACCGCGGGGGAGCCGGUCGAAGGUCGUGGCCGGACGUCUGCGCGGCCGGCGACCACAACUACGCGAGCGCCGCCGCGAAUCAAGGCCGCAGCAGCAGCAGCAGCAGUAGCAGCAGCAGCAGCGGCGGCGGCGGCGUAGUAGGCGGUGGCACCGCCGUCCGCUCCGCCGCCGGCAGUGGCGGAGCAGGAGCAGGAGCCGUUGGCAAAAGGAGCGGCGCCGGCGAUGUUGGCGGCAGCGAGGGGGCUGUUGUCAGGGAGCGCGGCGGCGGGGGAGGGGGGGGUAGACCGGCGCGGAUUGUAGCUUCGGGGCCCCCGAAGGUAUCGGCGGACGUGGAGGCGGCGGUAUCCUUAGCAGCGCUCGGGGAGGAACCUGCGGUGAUGACGGAGAUGGCGGCGGCAAAAGCGGAGACAGGGGAGACGGCGGCGGAGGCGGCGGUGGCGGAAGCGGCGGAGGCGGAAGCGGCGGCGGCGGAAACGGCAGCGUCGAGGGCGGCGGCGAAGGCGGCGGCGAAGGCGGCACACGAGGCCGGGAAGGCGCUACUGAGCGGGUCGAACUGGUACGCCCAGGAGGCGUAUCGAGCCCAGAACCAGGCACUCGGGAGGUGCAUCCGUCACGUCUACGACUACGGGGUGAUAUGCCUCAUCGACGAGCGCAUUCGUGCGGGUGAAUGGAAGCACGUGAAGUUCCUCGCGAAGUGGAUGCGCGACCUCCGCGGCGACUACCCGAGCUUUGAGCACGUGGUGGACACGAUCGACCAGUUCUUCGCGAGCGCCCCGGGCUUCGUGCGGGAAGAGAAGGAGCGGGCGGUAGUGUUGAGACAACAGGCGAGUGUCCGGCGACGACGGGCUAUGGAGACGGCGGCGGCCGUUGCGGCUCAAGGUGCACCUGGAGGUAGCGGCGGCGACGGCGGCGGCCGCCUGAUGUCGGGGGAACCAGAGAGCCCCCGUGGGGAUGGAGGUAGAAGCUGCGCCCCUGGCGAUCUGGGGAGGCGAUUCGGAGAACGGCGGGGCAGGAAACAGCGGCGGCAGCGGUAGCGGUGGCACCCUCAGCAGUAGCUGUAGCACAACUGCGGCCGGAAGAGGCGGCGGCGGCGGCGUCAGACGGCCCUUGUCCGUCGUCGACGAGGGCGUACGAAAUCACCGGCAGCGCAACGAGCCCUACGCUGUUGUGAUCCCCCCCUCCUCCUUUGACUGUAGGUCACGCCACCCCCACCGGUGGUCUGUCCUCGUCCGUGAGUGGCCAGCCGGCGAGCGACAAGGCCGCCCGUGACUGUUCGGGCAAAGCUGCCUUCUCCUUAUCGGAGGGCACUAGCGGUGAGGCCCCCGUUGGACAGCUUGUUGGCGGUGUCUACGGGGAUCGCGACCGAGGUUUUGUUGGGUGUGGUAGUGGUGGUGGUGGUAGCGGUAGUAGUGGUGGCGGUAGCGGUAGCGGUGGUGGUGGUAGGAGGCGUAGCGCGGAGGUGCAAGAGGACGGCGACGACAGCGACGUGGUGGACCUGACCGCCAUGGACGUGGUCCUGACGCAAGAGCACGAGGAGGAGUCGGCUGCCUCCCUCAUGUAUGACAUGACGAUGUAGACAGAGCCACGGAUGGAUGAUGUAUGAUGGCAUUAGGGAUCAAGUUGCAAAGGAAGAGAGCUUUGAGUCUUUCAGUGUGUGGGCAUUUGGUCUUUUUCCUUGCAUGUGUUAGCACUACGCCCGUGCGUGUAUAGUAUGGCAGCGGCCUUAAUAGAACGCGGCGCGGUGCUACAUAAAAGCGGCUCCUCCCUGACGGUGGCGAACGUACUGUAAUUUUUUGGUGUCCAAAUAGAACGCCGCGCCCCAGGUGUUGAGUGAAAAUGAAAGUAUGUGUUUCGGAGGGACGUCUCCGAGCCUCGGGCUGCGGAAACAGCGAACAAUUUUCCGACGUGUGUAUCACGGAUGACCACCCGUUGCUACGGAAGAGGAGAAGACAAGAACGAGAGGGGCGCCCUAAAAACAAAAUGAGGAAGCGGAUACCAACAGAAGUUGAUCAGACCUUCGUUGCCCAGUCUCUAGUGAUGAUGUAGCGCUGGCGUGGCGCACAACCGGGCGUUUCUGAAUCAACAGUAGUGGCUCGCGGUGUCCAUGACGUGGUUGCGGGUGAAAGCAGCGCCACCGACGAAGUGGUUGGUAUAACUGCGGGGCGCCGCGGCCGUCGCGUUCGCGUGUCCGUAGUCUGGUUAGCUUUUGUGUGGUGUGCCAAGGCACGGUGGUGGUGGUGGACUGUGGCAUCCUCAUGAGGGACGGGCGCCACUCUUGCUCGCUUUGACUUUGUUGGCGUCAUGGCCCGCUCACGUCGGGGGUUCUCAGUGAGCCAAACGUAAGUACUAUACCAGGAGGACCACGAGAGGGAAAAAAGUCUAGGGUAAAUUAACAACAAACGUGUCGCGAUUAGUGAACCAGGCGUUGGAUUGCUGCCCAAGCGACUGGGUGCGGGGAAUCGUUUUGUGGACUGUGGAUUAGAUAAAUAAUAGCCCGGGGGUUUGCCCCGCCCUCACCUGAAGCCCUGUUCUCUUCUUGCCAGCGGCUUCGCAAGGGCCGUCCCAC